AUGGAUAUACCACCCAUUUUCCACAUUUUCUGGGUUUUGCACAACAAUGUCCACGUUGAUAGCACUGGAAUGCAGGCCAGUGAAUAUGGCACAGGCAACAACAACACUAUGCAACCAUGUGAAUCUAUUACAAAUCUCAACGAAGAGAAUUCACAACAACAACUUAUUGAAAAUGUUGGACAAGAUUAUCAACAACAACCAAUACAACCAGCUGAAACCUCCACAGCUCCCAUACAAAUGGAUAAUUACAACAAUACUGGAAACAAUAAUAAAAAUCUUAUGACCGAUGUCCAUGAAUUGCAGGAUAAUGUGACAAAACAGACACAUAUUAUAACAAACACCACAACAACAACAGUAACCAAUGUCGAUGUGGCAAUUGAAACCAAUACCAUGCAACAGAAUAUCGUUCAACAGCAACAGAUGUCACAAACCUUUGUGGCCGCCACGCAAACUCAAAGUGUUCCUCAGCAACAAACACAAUCACAGUCAAAUCAGCACCACCAGCAGCAACAUCAUCAUUCACAACAACAACAAUCACAUUAUCAUAACUAUGAUAAUCGCAAAUCCUCACAGUCGUCGUAUGGCGGCAAUCAACAGCAACAACAACAAUCAAGACGCAACAAAUACGAUCAUCACAAUGAUCAGCAGCAACAUCAGGGACAACAACAUCAGCAGCAGCAACAACCAACAACGAAAACCAUGUCCUGGACCAAUUCUUCACAACACAAGAAAUCCACCAACACUGUGGCUGUCACAGCAACACCCUCAUCGUCUCACAAUCCAGGAUACAACAAACAAUCAAACUCCUCGAUCAAUUCGUCGUCUACCUCUACCCAUAGUCAUGGCACCCGAACCUAUACCAAUCAACAGCAUCAUAGUUAUCAGCAACAACAACAAACCACUCAGACCCGUAAUUAUGGAGCCAUGAAAAUGCCUUCUUCUCCUGUGGCCACGGGCCCGGGAGCAACAAAUUCCUCCAACACAGAACGUAAACAUAGCCAGUCCAGUGAUCAUGCCGGCGGCAAUAAGCCACAUCAGGCCACCGCUUCGACAACAGCAACGCCACAUCAAUUUCAACAAUCAUCGGCAACAAAUGAGGGUGGCAAUGCGGCUGCCAGCAAACAACAAAGGAAACAAAGUCUUGUGCAGCAGCAACAGCAACAAGUAGCUGCCGCCAGCCCCAACACAACGACUGGCACCAAUACUACCCCCUCAGCCACAACAAAUGACACCAGUACACCACCCAUAAAUUUGGCACCACCGGCAUCAUCAUCUGCCCAGGCUGCACCCUCAACACCAUCAUGGGCUAGUCUUUUUACAGCAAGUGCCUCUCCGGCUGCCUCGGCCAGUCCAUCCACAGCUGCAGCAAAUCAAAACUCUACACCCAACAACAACACACUCAGCAACACCACCAGUUCAGCAUCCACCAACACCACUGCCAAUUAUGCACAGAAACCCAUUGCAAAAGUUGCUCCCUUUGAGAGUGUAGCUUCUACGGCCACACCGGUCGUAACUCCAGGUGCCUUGUCAUAUUCAGCUGCUUCAGCUCAAAAUUUACCAACACCACCGUCCUCGACCACCAACAACAAUAACAACAGCAAUUCAUCUGCCAUGGCUGCUGGUGCAGCUGGCGGAUCCCGGAAGAUCACAAAUUUGGCCAAUCUCGAUGAAUAUUCAUUGAAAUUUGCCGAGUUCCUAACCAAAUAUAAAAGUGAUUGGACCACAAUCAGUCUGAGACCCAGAGGCCUUACAAAUCGUUCGAAUUAUUGCUACAUUAAUUCGAUAUUGCAAGCAUUGCUUGGCUGUUCGCCGCUAUACAAUUUGAUGCGAUCCAUACCGAAACAGGCGGCUAAUUUGUGUGAAGUGAAGACGCCAACUGUUAAUGAAAUAUUUUCGCCCAUCUUCGAGGGUACUACCGUUUUG